AUGGCGAGUACAAUAAGAAGAACACAACAAAACGCGUGCGAUGGAACUAGUGAAACGACAAACUAUGAUGGUAAUAACACUGAACCACUGAACGAUCGGCCUGGAACUAGUGAAAAGACAAAUGAUAAUUUAGAAACUAAAGCAAAGAUCAAUCAACCUGUAGGAUCUGAAAGUGCAAUAAAAAAACCUGGUCCUUCAGCGCAAAAUGUAGAACACUACCUGGAUGCAGUCAACUUUCAACGAAGUAAAUUUGUAUUUUCACCAUUGGUUGAUGAAAUUCAUGCUGAAGAUAAAGUAGAUGAAAUUGAAGAUAUUGACCCAAAUUCUGAAACUAGUGUGGCCGGUACAAGUAAGUCAUAUAUCGGUAAGAGAGUAAGGCCGAAUGCAGAUAAUAUAGUAGUGGUAUUAGCUAAACGGUUGAAAGAAAGAGAUACUAAUUUUCUUAGUCAACAAGAAAAGAGACACAAUGAUGUGGAUUUUUUUUUUAAAAGAGUUGCGGAAAUAAUCAAAACAUUUCCAGAAAUAAAUAUUCGACCAACUUUAAUUCCCUAUAAUCCAGCACCACUACAACCUGUAUUAACUCCAUAUAAUUUUGAUACUGAAAUAUGA